AUGCUGACCCAAUGUUCCGAUGCCAAUGGAAGGCUAAGCAAAGUGACAUGUCCCUGGUCUUGGUGGCCCAUCAAGUCACUUAGUCGUCGGACUGGCGCCGGUCUCAGGCAACUCGUGAUACAUAAUUUGGAUCAGGCCCAUCAAGAUACCGUAACGAGUGCGAUUGCCCGGAUUCUUGAUACAGACAUUGCAGAGAUAACAUAUGCUCAAAUCAUUGAUGGAUUACCUCUGGGCGAGGUUGCGUUUGAAUCAAGAGGCGGAAUGCCUCACCGUGAUCAUCCUAUCAAUCAUUGCCACGACAAGCUUUGCGAUGGGAUUUUGGACAGCACACGAGGGUUUCGCAGCACGUUUGACCCUAACAUACUUAAGUUUGACUCAAGACUUCUGUUCGCAUUCCAGGCUGCUUCUCCAGGGUCACGGUCAUUUGAUGUACGUCUCAUCAAGAUAAUCGCGAUAUCAGUCCAUCAAAUCGCCGUGAUUCUCUUCAUUCUUAAUGAGGGCCUUCACAAGAACGAUGGCGUCAUUGAAUGGGCACCACCAAAGUCCGACAAGAUCUGGUGGGCACAUUGCCCAAAUGGGCCUGAACCUACGAUGUUCUUUCACCAUUGGUAUUUAAGUCACGACAGAUAUCCUAACGGGGUAGCAGACAUGGUUGGGUACUGGGCUGAAUCCCGAAUUCUUGGUGGUGUUGUCUUAUUCGACCGGCGCCAGCCAAUACCAGAAUCUGACGUGGACCAGGAUGCUGUAUCCAUUCAUCCUGAUAGGGAAAACGUAACAUAUAGAAUCUGUCGCUUGACCUCUGAGAAAAGGCUACAGCUACUCAAGUUUCUAACUGCUGAAGUGCCAGACCAUACCCCCCUACCAAUUCUGCCUGACGAGAAGAACGAUUACCGCAUCAACCCGGAAGAGUCUCCUGAGGAAACAGGGAUAUACAGGGAUAUAUGGGAUCGCUCAGAGCUUCGGGAAGAUGCAUAUGAUCAAAGACUGAGGGACGUGUGGAAUAAACUGGAUUAUCUCACUCACAGUGGCAAGGGCAACGCUGCAGACCGAGCACUGGAGAGGAGAAAUAGGAUAUUCCAAGGACGUUUUGAUGGCGAGCCCUGA